AGCUCUCUGCCCAGUACACUGUCCAUCAUCACUAGACAAAAUGCUCACUAUCAUCCACUUACAAUUCUCACUGGAUCCCCUUCUUCAUUAACAUGAUCAAUCUAAAAAAAAACCAAACCGACAUCUCCUUCUACUCUAUAUAUUAGCCAAAUUAAUACUCCACCUCUUACUUCCCACCCAUUCUCAAUCACAUCUCUUUCUCUUUCUCUUUUCUUUCUUUUUCUUCUUUUGUUUUUUCAAUCAAACAGAAAAGACAACAUUGAUCACAUACAGAUAACCAAACCAAGAAUAUAUACCAUACCUUACCAUACCAUAACUUCACUACAUUGAGAUCAAUAUUAUUGAUCUGUUUUGGUUUGAAAAAAAAAAUGGAUGAGAAAUGGAAGAUUUCAAAGAAGGAAGCAGCAGGAGGUUCUUCUUCUUCUUCAUCCAAGAAUGUGUUUGGAAGAAGUAGCUCAACAAGAAGCUGCUCAUCAUCUUGUUCAAAAUCUCCAUUGCUGAGGAGCUUCUCAACAAAGAGUAGUUCAGCAUCUAAUAAUAAUAAUAAUUCGAAUAAGUGCCCUCUUCCAAGGAGUUUCUCACAGAAAGGAUCUUCCAUUAGCAGAAAGUGUAGUAGCUUAGCUAAGGAGCAAAAGGCCAGGUUUUACAUCAUGAGGCGCUGCGUUGCUAUGCUUGUAUGCUGGCACAAACAUGGUGAUUCUUGAUUAAAAAAAAAAAAAAAUGUUUCUUUCUUUCCCUUCCCCUCUUCUCUUUUGUUUCUUUUCUUCUUCCUGCAAGAUGGGCCUUUUUGGGUUUGUUUCAAAAACUCAUAUAAAUUUUCUUCCAUCCCAUCAAGAAGAUCUUAUUCAUACCAUAAACCUUUUUUUUUUUUUCUCCUUAGAAUCAUUUGUAAUUAGGAUUGAGAUAUGAGCUACAAGUUCUACACAUUGUAAGAAGAAUCGAAAUAUAAAACUAGAUCCCCAAUCAGAUCUCAGAAAUUUUUCUCUUUAAAUUUUUUAUAUCUAGAUCAUUGAGAAGACAUAUUCUGACAUCUGUUGUAUACAUCUUU